AUGUCUGUAUCUGUGUACAGAAAGCAUAGAAACAAUGUUGGACCAAGCAAAUCUAUUUCUCAGCCACGAAGAAACAUUGUAGGCUGCAGAAUACAACAUGGCUGGAAAGAAGGGAGUGGACCUGUAACACAAUGGAAGGGCACAGUUCUUGAUCAAGUUCCUGUAAAUCCCUCUCUCUAUCUUAUAAAGUAUGAUGGAUUUGAUUGCGUGUAUGGACUAGAACUGCACAAAGAUGAAAGAGUUUCAGCACUCGAAGUCCUUCCAGACAGAGUUGCUUCAUCCCGAAUUAGUGAUGCCCACCUGGCAGACACAAUGAUUGGCAAAGCUGUGGAACAUAUGUUUGAAACUGAGGAUGGUUCAAAAGAUGAAUGGAGGGGGAUGGUCUUGGCUCGAGCUCCUAUUAUGAACACGUGGUUUUAUAUUACCUACGAGAAAGAUCCUGUCUUGUACAUGUACCAACUCUUAGAUGACUAUAAAGAAGGUGAUCUUCGCAUUAUGCCUGAUUCCAAUGAUUCACCUCCUGCAGAACGGGAACCAGGUGAAGUUGUGGACAGCCUGGUAGGCAAACAAGUGGAAUAUGCCAAAGAAGAUGGCUCAAAACGGACUGGCAUGGUCAUUCAUCAAGUUGAAGCCAAACCAUCUGUCUAUUUCAUCAAAUUUGAUGAUGAUUUCCAUAUUUAUGUCUACGAUUUGGUGAAGACAUCCUAG